AGAAUAAAACUAUGGUGAUGGAUUAGGUUAUGUUGUAUGACUUUGUUUUGAACUUAGAAAAUUUGUUUUCGCGGUGACCUCUGAUCAAACGACCCACAUUCCAAUUUCCAAUCCCUCGAUUCCGCCAUGGCCACGCCCUCAGAUCCUUCAAACCAAGAAGCUGUUUUGAGAAGGAAGAACAACGGACCCCCAAUUAAGUUCCUCAUUCCUCUCAUAUAUGCCCCUGUACUCCCUCUAAUUCGACUAACGCUGCGGCACAAACCCGUCCUGAGAGAUCGCUUGUUUACAGCUGUGUUGGCUGGAGGUUUUGCUCAUGGUUUCUAUUUGAUGUAUCCUUUUCUUGAUCUUCGUGGUGCUGCUACGAUGGAAAUGUCAAUAAGAGCUGAGAAACUGAUGGUCGGAGUUUGAUGUGUUGGAUUGCAAAAUGAUUCUGAAUAUUUGAACAUGGUUAUGGGGUGUGCUGUAUUUUUAGAUGAUAUGCGUUCUAGGGUUUUAAUGUGGCUUCUUUUUUUAAAAUAAUUAACUGAAGUUGUUAUUUCUUUUCCGAGAGUGCUAGAGAUUGUAUUGGUCGAGUCAUUAUGAUAGCAAAGGCUUCUAACGAAUUAUGGCGAAUUUGGAUGAACAGUUUAAUUAUGUAUCUAUUCAAUAAGAGCUUAUGAAGAGCUUCUUUUGAUUAAGCUUCAUCUGGAAACUUUUCAGAAUGAGCUAAAAUGGUCUUACAUGAUGAUCUUAUGGAGUCAUAGGUCACUUUCAUAAGACCGAAUAAGCUCUGUAUAAACUCUUCUAAAGACUCCCUUGGUAUCUCUUGUAGGUAUAAUUAACUUUCAGCUUUAUUAGUUCGUGUGAGAAAAAUGGGAAGGGAGAAAUAACAUUAUACGGCUACUCCAUUUUAUUUGGUUAUGGUAUCAACACUAGUGAAGUUUUGAGACACCAAAAAGAAAAGGUGUCUUUUUCCAUAAUAUUUUUGAGAGGCUUGAGUUUUGGGUGUGAGGAAUUCUUCUGAUGUUGGAUUCAUCCCAUUGAUCAAAGUACAAUCUAAGAUCAAAUUUGGUUGGCAAAGAGAAACAUAGUCAAAUGCAUUUGAGUAGAUGCAACUGAUGUCUCGUGAUGCCUGAUUUUAAUUAUUUUUUAGGCUGUUUUCAACAUUUUUUAUUUUAAUAUUUUAUUUGGUGAUAGUAGUAGAAAGCUUAACAUUGGUUGGUGUUAUAGAUACGGAUUAUGUGUUCUAGCGAACUAGCCUGUCUGUAUUGUAAGGGCACUCCCAGAUAAGAGGCAAAUAAGAUACUAGUUUGGCAUUUU